AUGACCGUAGACCAAAUUAAACAAAAGAAUCACAAAAAGAGAAAUUUGGAAGAAUCUCAAGAUUUAGUGGUUAAAAAGAAACAUAAGAAGGAAAAAAAACAUAAGAAAGAUAAGAAGGAUAAAAAGGAUAAGAAAGCAAAGAAAGAGAAGAAAGAUAAAAAGACAAAGAAAGACAAAACUACUAAUAGUGCUGAUUCUAAAGAAGAAAAAGUUGUAACCAAACAGGAUUCAGUUGAACCGGUUGUUUCUAUUCCCUCUACAAAUGAAUCCAACUAUGUUCAAGAUGAAAAAUUAACUGCAUUAUCACAAUCACACAUUGAUGCUUUUUAUGAAGAUAAUGAUGUUACUGUUGAAGACCCAGUAAAAGCAAACUUACGUCCUGUCAUAUCUUUUGACUAUGUUAAAUUAGAUUCCAGAAUUCAAUCUAUUAUUUCUAAAUUUCCAAAACCAACACCAAUUCAAGCUGUGGCUUGGCCUUAUUUAUUAUCUGGUAAAGACGUGAUUGGGGUUGCAGAAACAGGGUCUGGUAAAACUUUUGCCUUUGGUGUUCCAGCAAUUAAUUUAUUGAUAAGUAACGCUCAACCAAAACCAAAGGGAGUUCAAGUAUUAAUUAUAUCUCCAACUAGAGAAUUAGCCUCUCAAAUUUAUGAUAAUUUAAUCACUUUAACUGAUAAAGUUAAUUUAGAAGCAUGUUGUGUAUAUGGCGGUGUGCCAAAGGAUGAGCAAAGAAUGAAAUUAAAGAAAUGUCAUGUUGUUGUAGCUACCCCAGGUAGAUUAUUAGAUCUAAUCCAAGAAGGUUCUGUCGACUUAUCAAAAGUUAAAUAUCUAGUACUUGAUGAGGCCGAUAGAAUGUUAGAAACUGGUUUUGAAGAAGAUAUUAAAAGCAUUAUUAGGGAAACAGAUGCAAAGAAGAGACAGACAUUGAUGUUUACUGCUACUUGGCCAAAGGAAGUUCGUGAAUUAGCUUCUUCUUUUAUGAGGCAACCUGUAAAAGUAUCUAUUGGUAAUAGAGAUGAAUUGACUGCUAAUAAGAGAAUUACUCAAAUUGUAGAAGUUGUCGAACCACGUGCCAAGGAAAAAAUAUUAUUAAGUCUUUUAAAGAAGUAUCAAUCCGGUGCUAAGAAGAACGACAAAGUUUUAAUUUUUGCUCUUUAUAAAAAGGAAGCUGCUCGUGUGGAAAGAAAUUUGAGGUAUAAUGGUUACAAUGUAUCUGCUAUUCAUGGUGAUCUUACUCAACAACAAAGAACCAAUGCUCUUAAUGAAUUCAAAUCUGGUAAGACUAACUUAUUAUUGGCUACUGAUGUUGCUGCUAGGGGGUUGGAUAUUCCUAAUGUAAAGACAGUUAUUAACUUAACUUUCCCAUUAACUGUCGAAGAUUAUGUUCAUAGAAUUGGUAGAACUGGUAGAGCUGGUCAAGCCGGUGUUGCUCAUACUUUGUUCACUGAAGAAUCUAAACAUUUAGCUGGUGCUUUAGUUAAUGUAUUAAAUGGCGCUAAUCAGCCUGUUCCAGAGGAUUUAAUCAAGUUUGGUACUCAUACUAAGAGAAAAGAACAUGGUGCAUACGGUGCAUUCUACAAAGAUGUUGAUAUGACAAAAAAACCAAAAAAAAUCACUUUUGAUUAA